UCAGCUAUUCACUUCAACAAAAAACACCCUACCCUCCAAAUGGAUUCAACCAUGAAACCAUUCUCUCUUAUUCUGCUUCUUCUGUUUAACCUCUUCUUGCCAUUUGUCAAAAACAGUUCAGAUUUUAACACUUUAGUCUUCAAGAAUUGUUCAACCCAAACAAUCACACACUCAACUGAUGAUGAUGCUCACUCACAGACACUUUCUUCUCUUUUUCAACAAUUGGUGCCUCACUCUUCUCAUUAUAAGUUCUUUAGAGCCACUGCAGGUCGUGAUCUGGAGAAUAAUAACAAUGGCGCCGGCGUCUCCGGUCUCUUUCAGUGCAGAAGGGAUUUGAGCAACGAUGAUUGCUACAACUGCGUGAAUUCCCUUCCGGAAAUAUCAAACACCUCGUGCAACAAAGCUGCAGCGGCAAGGAUUCAGCUUCAUGGCUGCUACUUCCGCUAUCAGACUAAUGAGUUAAGCAUUCAUCAGACUUCAAAAUUCGAGGUUCUUCACAAGGUUUGCGGCGAAAAGGCGGAAGAUGUCGGAUUUGAAGACUUGAGAGACGAGGCCUUUGCAAAAAUGGAGAAUGGUAUAAUAGGUGGUGGAGGGUUUUACUCAGGAAGCCAUGAGCAUGUGCAUGUCAUGGCGCAAUGCGAAGAAGAUUUAGUGGGACAUCGUCAGUGUGGUGCUUGUGUAAGUGAUGCUGUGCAGAUUAUUCGCCAAGAAUGUGGCAACACAAUUUCAGGCCAAAUUUAUUUGGAUAGAUGCUUCAUUAGCUAUGGUUUCAUUCCAAAUGAAGAGCCAGGCAAUUCAUACAGAGAGCACGAAGGACGAAACAGCAGUACAGGAAAAUUAGUAGCGAUUGUUUUGGGAGGUGCAGUGGCUUUGGGAUUAGGGUUAAUCUUUCUGAUGUUUCUCAAGUCAUGUAGAAAGAAAGAUGAUAUAUGAUUUUCUGGAUUGUGCCCAUUGAUGAUCUCAUGGUUUCUGGUGGGUUGGUGACUAUUGGUGUCCGACAUUAAUAUUUAACUCUUGCAAGAAAUCAUGUGCACUAUACCUGGAGGGUGCAUAUUGGUGAAGGAAGUGGAAUUGUUGGAAAAAGAAAAUUGUAU